CUGGGCGUGAGCGGGGGUAACCCUGCGCUGGACUUGCCCCUGGUGGGAGGGCGCCUGGGUGCGGCACCCCUGGGCACCACCCCAGGGGACCUCCCGCCCCCCCACACACCCCCCCUACCGCAUCCCCCCCUACAUGGAGCAUCUGUACCAGUCCCUCCACACCUCCCCCCAGGCCUCCCUCAGGGGACUCUCCCCCUUAGAAAGUCGUGGUUUAGCAGUGGGCGGGGACUACCUCGGAAUGAGUGGGCUGGCGGCGACGAGGCUGAGUGAGCCUCACCUCGUCCCCUCGUCUACCCUUACUUCCGCUGACCUCCCCUCCUUUCUGGAUGGGUCGCGGCUCACAUCCCCCCGGCCGAGCCUCCGCCAGAGCCGGAAGCGAGCGCUGUCCUCGUCCCCCUACAGCGACUCCUUCGACAUCAACUCCAUGAUCCGCUUCAGCCCCAACUCCCUCGUGUCCAUCAUGAACGGGUCCAGAUCCUCGUCGGCCAGCGGGUCCUACGGCCAUCUGUCUGCAGGAGCCAUCUCCCCCGCGCUGGGCGUCCACCCCUCCGUGGGCGCGGCGACGCACCUCCAGCAGCUGCAGGCCCACCUGAUGCGGGGGGCGUCGCUCCCCGGGUCCCCGUUCCUGGCGCCGUCGCCCCUCCUGCAGCACAGCCCCUCCACCCUGGCCACCCACCAGAGCCUGUUCUCGCUCUCCUCGCAGCCGAGCCUCCCGCCCCUGCCCCCGAAGGCUGAGGUAUGGCACCUCAAGCUGGGCGAGAAGAAGGCGUCCCCGACGAUCUCCAGCACGAUGGAGGAAGACAAGGCCUCCAAGGUGAAGAAGGAGGCGUCGAGCACUACCUCAGCGGGGGCGUGCGGGACCGGGGGCGUGAGUGCAGCUGCCAGGGACGACGAUGGACUCAAGGAGGAGCCGCCGGACUUCAUCGAGACGCACUGCCACUGGAAGGAGUGUAAUAAGGACUUCAACACGCAGGACGAUCUGGUGAAGCACAUCAACAACGACCACAUUCACGCCAACAAGAAGUCGUUCGUGUGCCGUUGGAAGGACUGUUCGCGGGAGGAAAAGCCGUUCAAAGCCCAGUACAUGCUGGUCGUCCACAUGCGGCGCCAUACAGGAGAGAAGCCUCAUAAAUGCACGUUCGAGGGCUGCUACAAGGCGUACUCUCGCUUGGAGAACCUCAAGACCCACCUGCGAUCUCACACGGGGGAGAAGCCCUACAUGUGCGAAUUCCCCGGGUGUACGAAGGCCUUUUCCAACGCUUCGGACAGAGCCAAGCACCAGAAUCGCACGCAUUCGAACGAGAAGCCGUACGUGUGCAAGGCGCCGGGCUGCACCAAGCGGUACACCGACCCUUCGUCCCUGAGGAAGCACGUGAAGACGGUGCACGGCGCGGACUUCUACGCCUCCAAGAAGCACAAGGGCAACGACCACCCGAGCGCCAACCCCGGGGGAGGCGGCGGCGAAGGCAAGGACGGCGGCGCGACGCACCCCGAGGGCUCGCCGCACUCCGACGGCGGCAAGGGCGGAUCCCUGUCCAGUCCUUCGGAGCCGACGUCGCCGGGGCAGCAGCACAGCCCCAACAUGGAGACGGUGGUGGGCGGCGCCACGCCCAUGGACCAGAGCCGGCUGCUGGACGGCCCCAUCAGCGACAACAACGUGACGACCACCGGCGGCUACGAGAGCGUCCUGGAGCAGGAGGAGGUGUGGGACACCGUGGAGGACGACCUCGACGCCAGCGUGGACCUCCCGGUGGGCGUGGCGAGCCUGAACGGCGUGGACGGCCCGCUCGGAGGCCAGGUCAACCUGCAGGAGCGCAACAUGCGCAACCGCCUCAAGAACCGGCUGCAGUCCAAGGGCCUGGCCAACAUCCUGCCCAACAUCCCCGGCGGCCCGCGGCGCUCCACCGGCAGCGGCGUCGGCGAGCUGUCGCAGCGCAUCACCGACCUCAAGAUGAGCGGCGGCAUGACCACGCCGCUGCAGGCGCGCAAGAACCUGAUCGACCUGCACUUCCGGCCGGGCCAGACGCAGCAGCAGAACAGCCGCCGCGACUCCAACUCCACCGUGAGCACCUACUACGGCAGCAUGCGCAGCGACUCGUCCCCGCACCCGAACAGCCGCCGCUCCAGCGAGGUGUCGCAGGUCUCGGGGGCGUCGAUGGGCCGCCAGAACAUGGUGCCGUCGCCCUACGACCCCAUCUCGCUCGGCUCCUCCAGGAGGUCGUCCGAGAACUCCAACUACAACAUGGCCGGCAUCGCCUGCUCCAUGAACUCGCACCUGGCCAAGCUGCAGCGCCGCGCCAUGGGCCCCGCCGAGCUCUACAACACGUCCAACCUCGUCGUGCAGACGCAGAACAUGUCGCUGAGCCAGGAUAACCUGCACGGCGGAUGGGCCAGCAACAUGGGCGGGGCCAUGAGCGCCUCCAUGGGCGGCGGGGGCGGCCACUUCGGCCCCUCAGGACCCCUGGGCCCCCCUGACCCCCAGUCGCACUCCGAGGGCCCCAGACGCGCCUCAGACCCCGUGCGGCCCCUGGACCGCGGGAUGGGCUGCGGGCCCGAUGGCGCCGCCGCCGGACGGAGGCUGCAGAGACACCACAGCUACUCGACCUUCAACCCCCGCACGCCCCUGCCGCCCAUCACCCCGCGGCACCCCAACCAGGGCCUGCAGCUGGACCAGGUGGCCGAGGACGAGCCCAUCGAGAACAAGCUGGUCCUUCCCGACGACAUGGUCAACUACCUCAACCAGAAGGGAAACGGAGACAAGAUGAAGUCGGACGCCAAGGACGGCCGGCGCCAGGGCGGGACGCCCACGAUGCACCACGCCCAGAUGCCCUCGCCGGCCUACAGCGGGCAGCCCAUGCCCAGCCCGGCCUACUCCAACCAGUCCAUGCUGAGCCCCGCCUACUCCAACCAGCCCCUGCAGUCCCCGGCGAGCAACUACCAGUACCCUCAGGCCUCCCCGGGCUACUCCGUGCCCUCCCCCGCCCACCCCCACGGCUACAGCGGCCAGCCCAUGCCCUCGCCCGCGACGCCGCAGCAGUUCAACAACCCCAUGGCCUCGCCGGCGCCCGCGGCGGCGCAGGCCUUCAACCAGAUGUCGCCGGCCUACCCCCACCAGGCCAUGCCCCCCAGCUACUCCAUGCCCCAGCAGGGCCAGUACCCGCAGCAGCAGUACCCGCAGCAGCAAGGCCAGGGGGUGAUGGGCCAGCACAUGUACGGGCCCAUGAUGCAGCAGGGCAGGUACCCUGGCGGCAUGGGCGGCGGGCCCGGCGGCGGCUACGGCAUGGGGCAGGGCUACGGGCCCGUCCACGCCUGCGGCCACCUGGCGCCGCCCAACCUGCCCCCGCCGGCGUACCAGGCGCCCUGCGCGGGGUGCCAGGGCCGAGGCGGCAGCGCCAUGGCGGGCGACAUGAGCGGGUACCCGGGGCAGCAGGGCGCCAUGGCCAACUGGCAGGGCUCGCAGAUGAGCAUGAACCAGUUCCAGGGCCAGCAGUACGGGCCGCAGCACCACAUGAACGCCAUGGGCGCUCAGGGGGCCAUGGGCUACAUGGGCAUGGCCGGACAGUACCCCAACCACGUGGCGCCGAACGGGAACAUGAUGCCCAUGCCGUACCCGGGCUCCCUCGGCGGCGACGUGCAGUGCCGGGACGUGAGCCAGUCCUCACAGACCAAAGGAGGCAAGUCGAAGGCCUCGGUCAAGGCGGCGGCGGCGGCGGCGCUGCGGGUGCCGUCAACGCCGCGACGGUGGCCGGCGGCGGUGGCGCGGGCGGCGCGGGCGGCGGCAACGGCGCCCUCCACCAGCCAGGCGCAGGCACGGCGUCGUCUCUGCCGUGCCCGCCGGUGGACAACAGCCCGACCGACACGAAGGCCGUCGACACUAAGGCCGUGGACACGAAGAGCAACAGCAAGAGCUUCAUGAAGCCCGACACGUACCAGCGCACCCUGGAGUACGUGCAGCAGUGCCACAGCUGGAGCUCCACCGUGGUCAAGGAGGAGGUGACCAGCACCACGGACCAGAAGCCCAAGCUCAACCCCAACGGCACCGUGGCGGGCUACACGGGGCCGG